AUGGCCGAGGCACAGAUUAUGUGGCCUUUGGACGAGAAUACUGUCCCGCACUUGUUGAUGUCAAUUGGUAAUGGUUGGGCCCAAGACGCUGUCAAUUCAGAAGAUGUUUCCAACAAAUACAGCUCUUGGAUGGAAAUGAAGAAAGACCAACUGGUCAAAUUCUUCAGAACACGACCGACAAAACUUCAAAAGCCGCUGGAUCGGAAUAGACUGUCAGAGAAGCCGUGGAACGAAGCCUUCAGUCACAUCAGUAAGAGGCACCCCAUUCGAUGUGUGCGGUUGAACCCGAAGAUAUCAGGGAACCAAACACCAGAAGACAUCGCAGCGAAGUAUGUGUCACAAGAACACAGUCGGCUUGAUAUUUCCAAACUCUGCCAUGCUCUUUUGGCGACGACAUUUUACUUCGAUGCAACCGAGAGGCACCACCAAAUUGGAAAUGGGCGUUCUGUAAUAAAGGCACCUUCAAAGUGGAAAGUAUUCAUCUUCGUCACCAAACAUUUUGCUACUUGUAUCCGUGAGACAGCCACAUUUAUCUCAUAG